AUGGUGCUAUCUUGUACCCUCUCUUUGUCUCUGUGUGUUGAUCUCUCUCUCUCUCUCUCUCUCUCUCUCAUUUCUCUCUCAUUGUCUAUUGGUCUCUCACCCUUUGUGUAUCGGUAUAUCUCUCUCUCUUUAUCUUUCAGUGUCUUUAUGAAUCGUUUUUUUUUUCUUUUUCCCUUUCUGUCUUUGUCUGUUGCACUCUCCCUAUCUCUCUGUGUAUGGUUUAAAAAUCGCCGCGCCAAAUGCCGACAGCAACAGAAAGCUCAGGAAGGUAAAAAGCCGACCCCGAAAAAGACAAAGUCUCCAUCACCGCCGACCAGUUCCCCAGGGACUCCUUCUUACAAAACUACACCGAUUACGAGUCCUUCCAAUGGGAGCAUGAAUUCUUCGCCGCCAAUCUGGAGUCCGGUUUCUGUACCUUCGGUCAAUGAUUUGAUGGCCCCUAAUAGCUGCAUGCAGCGGACAGGAUACCCAAUGACCAAUGGUCAAACUGCCGCGUACACGCCGCAAAACUACGGCCAUUCUGGUUAUUAUGGCAACAUGGAAUACCUACCGCCGAUGCAGCUGCCUGUGAUGUCCACAAACCAGAUGACCUCACCAAUGUCCAGCAUUACAAAUGCCCACACCACACAGAUGGGGUCGUACGGUCCGUUGUCAGGUGCUCAGUCUUUGGCCCGCCCGAACCACAGUGAAUGCUUGGAAUAUAAGGAUCCUUCAGGAUGGGCUAAAUUUCAAGUGCUGUGA